GGUAAAGGUCAGUACAACUUCGUGUUGGAAAGCAAAAGUCCGUCUGUGCGUCUCUGAAAUGCUCUUGUGCACAUGAAUUGAGCCAAUUAUGUCUGCAUACAGAUUUUGCAAAUUAUCAGCAAUGGACAUUUUUGAAUGAAGACAAAGUCUAAAUGAAAAUGACGUGCAUUUGAUUUCGAUUGAGAAAAUGUGGAGGGGAAAUUAAUUAUUAACCUCAUACUCCUAUAAAAUAAUAAUUUAUUUAUAUUAUUGCGUUAUGUUUCUAUAUGUUGUUGUUUUUUUUUCUUCGCAAAACGGUGAAAAACACUUGCGUCUGAGUGUUCUGAUAUGCCCUGGGGAUUCCAUUCUGUGCAACAAGAGGGCCCCCACCUCACACGUUAUCCUGUAGUCAGAAGUGCUCAGGAUUGGUCAGGCACUGAUCAGCUGGUCCGUUUCCCCGCGGUCUCAGAUUGGCACCUCGCCACCCCCCUUCGGCUAAAACCAAAUCUCAGAUAAAGUAAUGGCAAAAACCACUUGGACUAUAAAACACAACAAAUCAUAACACUCGGACAAUAACACUGGCCACCCCAUGAGUUCCUAUUUCGUCAACUCAACUUUUCCCGUGUCUCUACCCGGAGGACAGGAGUCUUUCUUGGGUCAGAUACCGCUAUAUUCCUCUGGAUAUACAGAUCCUUUAAGACAUUAUCCAAGCGCUACGUUCGGAGCUACCAAUGUCCAGGACAAGGUUUACACCUCCUCGUAUUACCAGCAAGCUGGGGGCGUUUUUGGGAGAAGCGGAUCCACCAGUGCUUGUGACUACACAACACCCAACAUUUACCGAACCGCGGACCGCUCGUGCGCUAUCGGAGGUCUGGAAGACUCGCUGGUCCUAACCCAAGACCAGUGCAAGACGGACUGCACUGAACAGGGUGCAGAGAGAUAUUUUAACAGUGAAGACAAACCGUGUACACCGGUUUACCCGUGGAUGCAGAGGAUGAACUCAUGUAAUGGAAUGCCUGGCAGCACUGGCCGCAGGGGUCGUCAAACCUACACUCGGUUUCAGACUCUUGAACUGGAAAAGGAGUUCCACUUUAACAGAUAUUUGACCAGAAGACGAAGAAUUGAAAUAUCGCACGCUCUGUGUUUGACGGAACGACAGAUAAAGAUAUGGUUCCAGAACCGUAGAAUGAAAUGGAAAAAGGAGAAUAAAGUGCUGAACUCCGAAAAGGUCAGCGAAGAGGAGGAUGGUGGAAAGGCGGGAUAAAUGUUAAAAAGGAGCUCACGACGAAGCCCUAGAAACAUUGUACAUAACAUGUAGCCUGUAGUUUUAAUUAAUAAGUACUGGUCUGUCCAACAAGAAAAAACUACCUAAUAAGUUUUAUGUUGACAUAACAAAGCUUCAAGAGAAGACUUUCUUUUUCAUUAAAACAGGCGUCUGUAAAGACGGUAAAAGAUAUAUGGGAGGUGCUUUUACCACUGUUAUAUAUUUUGCGGUAUUUGGCCUAUUUAAACUAAUAAGACAAAUGUUUUCUCGCUGUUUGAACAUUCUAAUGCCUAUAAUUUGAAAGAAAACACGUCCAAAGUUUAAAACUUUGGGAUUAAAGGUCUUACACUGAAUAUGUAUUUCAGUCCGUUGUGUGCUAAAAAAGCAGAAAAUGGGACAUUUUGAUGCUUAAUUUAUUGGGUCGUCACUUUUGUGUGUGUGUAUGUGAAUGCACUAAGAAUAAUACGUUAUCAUACUUUGUUAGCAAUGUCAUUUUGUCAAUAAAAUGAUUGUUUAACAAAUAAUGUGGUUCAUUUUUCUUUGUGUACAUGAGCAUCUGACAUAAUGAGCCAGAGACAUUUU